ACAGUGUAUUAUUUUCAAAGGGAAGAAGAGUAAUUGUCAUCAAGACUUAGAAAAUAAAAUAAAUCUUUAAAUUUUAUAAGUGCGUAGAAAUAGUAUGAAGUAAUAUAUUUCAAGUGAUUAGAACUGUUCAGAAGACAAAUUCCAGUCCUAAAUUGACUUUAUUUUCGCAGAAAUCAAAGACUUUUGUCCAGUGAAAAAAAAUGGAAUAAAAAUUUCUUAAUUCAAGUGCAAAUAGCCCUAAGCUGGCAAAAAUGGAACAAGAUGUUUAGAUGAACCGUCAAGUGUAAAAUUCCAUAAUCAUUUGGUGCUCAUAAAUUGAAUUAAAUUCUUAAAACUCGUCAGUGUUAUUAUUUUCUUUUUCGUUCGUUUUUCAUCACAAGUUUUUAAUUUCGAAACGAAAUGGCCAACAAGUUCAAUCAGAAGGUCGAUCCAGAGUUGAUUUUUACAAAGCAGGAGAGAAUUGGGAAAGGAUCGUUUGGUGAAGUGUUUAAAGGUGUCGACAAUCGUACUCAACAAGUAGUUGCCAUAAAAAUAAUCGAUUUAGAAGAGGCUGAAGAUGAGAUCGAAGAUAUCCAACAAGAGAUUAUGGUGUUGUCACAAUGUGACUCGCCAUUUGUCACGAAAUACUUUGGAUCGUACUUGAAAGGUACGAAGCUAUGGAUCAUCAUGGAAUAUCUCGGCGGUGGUUCUGCUCUUGACUUAAUGAAAGCGGGAUUGUUUGAAGAAAUGCACAUUGCAAUCAUUCUUCGUGAGGUUCUGAAAGGUCUCGACUAUCUUCACUCAGAAAGGAAACUUCAUCGAGAUAUCAAAGCUGCAAAUGUCCUGUUAAGUGAAAUGGGCGAUGUGAAGCUCGCUGAUUUCGGUGUCGCUGGUCAACUCACAAAUACAACAUCAAAACGAAACACAUUUGUUGCCGACAUUUGGUCACUUGGCAUCACAGCUAUCGAGUUAGCAAAAGGUGAACCGCCAAAUUCUGAGCUUCAUCCUAUGCGUGUGCUUUUCCUCAUUCCGAAAAAUAAUCCACCACAACUGACGGGAAGUUAUUCGAAGCCAUUUAAAGAUUUUGUUGAAGCGUGCCUAAAUAAGGAUCCGGAGAAUCGACCAACAGCAAAGGAACUUCUCAAGUAUCCAUUUAUCAAAAAGGCCAAGAAAAAUGCUUAUCUAAUCGAUUUAAUCGAUCGUUAUAAGAAGUGGAAGAAUCAAAAAGGCGAAGAGAGUGAAACUGAAUCAGAGAAUUCGGAUUCUGAGGAGUCGAAGCCUGACAGUGACUUGGAAGAGCCUUGGAUUAUGACUGUGAAAGGUUUACAUACAAAUAACAAACCAUCAGUCUUUACACUUGAUGAAGCUUCCUUCAGUAAUGGCUCGUCUAACAGCAGCCUAAGUCCUUCACGUGACGUGAAUUUAAAUCAUUUGAAGAUCGUUAAUCCAGCAGCUCAAAGAUCUCCAUCACAUAAUAAUCAAGGCUUGUCACCAAGCAGCUCGCCAACACGAGAAGUGCCAGAAUCACCGACGCAAAAGUCGAUUGUACAUUUAAAAGAGAAGAAAGAUGAUCGCUAUGUGAUUGAGUCAACAAUUGAAGCAGUCAAGAAUGAAGAGUUUGUGCUGAAAAGUCCUGAGAAAGAAUUCGAGAGGCCAAACAAGCAUGAUUCUCGUGGUGAAAAUGACAACAAAGAAGAGACGAUAAAUGGACGAACAUCAAUGAACAUUCCAAGUGAUUUAUCAUCACCAAAAGCGAAAUCAAAAUCACCACCAAUUGUUGGUGAAAAGCGAAAUUCGCAGUCAACAAAGGAACAUCGCGAGAAUUCUCAUCGAGAUCAUCACAAUGGUGCCAAAGUGAGCAAUCACCACAACAAUAAUAAUAAAGUUAACAGCGCUUGUUUGAACAACUUGAUUCUUCCGCUGUUAUCAGAUUGUAUAACAAACAACCGACAUCAACAAUAUAAUAACAACAAUGGAAACCGAAAUUCCACCGAUGUUAUCGACCUUCGAGCGUCAUUUGAGCUUGCCGAACGAAGUUGUCCUGGUGUGACGGAUCUUUUCGUUAAAGAAAUUAUUCAUAAGCUUAUGCCUGGCUUCUCAGAGACGCGAAUUAAUCACAUUAUUGAUAAAAUAUCGCGAUAAACUUUUCUUCUUUUAUUAUUUUUGCAAUUGUUGUCUUUGAGUUUACGUUUCGAUGUUGAAAACGAACGAAGAUAAAUUUAAAGAGACAAAAAGAUUCUUUCACAUCAUGUAUUAAUUUCUUAUCAUCAAUCAUCUCUUAUAAAACAAAUUCCACCACCCACACAAUUAUUUGCUGUUGAUUACUUCACACACAUCCUCACAUACACACACGCAAUCAUUCAGUCAUUCAUUAAAAAGUCUUUAUUUCAUAUAUUUUUGAUUAAUGAUAACUUUGUUGUAUUAAAUAAUGUGCGAAGACGUCGCCAAAAACAACAUUAAUUAAUUAAUUUAUUAACUUUUCAUUAAAUUUGUUUGUUUUAUUUUCUUUUUUUCUUUAAUUAUUUAAGACACAAAAAGCAAACAAAAAAUGAUGUUUGAAAAAAUCACAUUUAGAUAUUUUUAAUUAUUAUUAAAUUAAUCGCCAAUCUUCCAAGUAAAUAAGAGAAUGGAUGGAAAUUUAGUUUGUCAUCGGAAAAAUUGUUGUUACUGAAAGGACGUUGGGUUGACAUUUUUACUUCUUCUUUUUUAAUUGAAAAUUAAACACAAAAGAAUUUUAAAUUUUUUAUGGUUUCAUAAUUUUGCUUUUCACCUUUUCUUAAUGGAAAUUGGAAAUUAUUAAAUAUGAAAAAUAUCAACCCAAGAUUGUUUAUUGAAGAUAAGAAAAUGACGGGAAAUGUAAUGAAAAACUGAUGAAAAGAAAUAGAAAGACGAAGAGUAUUUGAAGCCUCAUUAGCUUCGUGAUGUAGAAGAAUUAUGUAAGAAAAUGUCUUUGAAUGAUGUUGUAAAUAUGUAAGGAAAACAUUUUUUGUUUGUUUAACAUAAGAAAGUGACAUGGAAAAGUUUCACGAGAACAACAAAAGUCAAUCAUUCAAACAAAUCUUUAACUGAUGAUGAAAAAAUAUUAAAACAAAUUUAAUUAAUAGAAAUGUAGACGAAUUUGUUGAAAGAAUUUUAAGUCUGUUUUCGACAAUUCUCAUUUGCCUCUGAAAUCAUCCAAAAAGUAAAACAAAGCAAACUUAUAUCUAAUAAUUUUAUUGAAUUUGAAACAAUGAUUAAAUGUUUCCUUAACUAGAAAAUGUUUUAAUGGCAGUUUGUAGACGCUCCCAAUCAAAUGACGGUAGAAAAGAAGAAUGUUCUUAAAUAUUUAUUUUUAAAAGAAGCGUUUUACUAGAAAGAAACAAGAAUUAAUUUUUCUUUUCUCAUUGAAAGCGUAGAUAUUGCUGUUCUUCAAAAGAAACUUAUUAGUCGACUUCUGUCUUGCUACCUUCAGCAGUUCAAGUUAUGAUUCGACAAACAACAACUCACAUGAAGAUGAGAAAAACUAAAACAAAUUGUUGAUGAAUUAAAAAAGAAACAGAAAAGUUUAAUCCUAAAUUUAACGUCAAUAUCUAAUAAA